CGAGCUCAGAUUGGAAUUUGACCGGCAGUGGGACAGGUUUUGCUGACGGCGAGACGUAGUUGGCUGGAAGCGUCGUCUCGGCGGUGGUCUUGGUGGAGAUGCAGGAGAAGGCAGAGGAGGAGGAGGGGCCAGUCCAAAGACAGACGUUGCUGGUGCUGAUGAUGGAGGUGCUGGAGGGGGGAAAGAAAAUGAGAAUGGUGGCGAUGAGCAUGCAGGAGGUUGGUUAUGCUGAUGCUGAUAACCAAACCCGGAAGGUUGAGGUUGCUGAUGACUUGAUAUUGAUGGGUCGUCGCCCACAAAACCCUGAUACUGUUGGGCGUUGUGGUUUUUGUGGUGGAGCUGGUUCUGAUUUUGCAGUAAGCCAAGAUAGUAUAAGCUGGGGUCUCCCGGCUGUUCGAGACAAAACGCAGACUCUGCUAAAAUCUCGUCUAUUGAUGAGGAACUUCCCUCUUCAGGCUGGGCUGUCAACGUGAUGACUGAUUCUUCCCUGGGACUAUCCGUGCCGGACGCUUGUCUCCCUCCUUGACCGAGCCCAACACCAAGCUGCGGGAUCUGCAACUGGCGCUGGCCUCGUGCGUGGGUGCCCUGAUACUGAUCCUGAUCCUGGCUAGCCUGCUCCUUGUCUGUUCCGUGCUGCCAACAACCCUGCGUCCAGUGGCGACCUAUUUUGGUGGACCGUUGGACGUUACCGAAGCCAGAUGCGGUUGGCACCUCUUGGGUUUGCAGAGCUUGCUCUACAGCGCGUCCUCUGCCUUGCCCGCCUGGGUCCUGGUCUCGAGGUUGGGCUUUGACUUUAGCGGUGACUGGCGACACUUGGGCACCGCGAGAGGCUGGGCUAAACCCUCUGUUUGUCGGUUGAGAAUCUCUGGGUUUCAAUCCCUCUCCCAAAUUCAGCUCCCGACUUUCUUGUGACUCUGCGACCAAGCGGUUUCCGGCUGGCGAGUCACAGCGCAGCCCACCGUAUGCUGAAUGAUCAAUGAUUGCGGUGGCUGUCACGGCGAACGCCGCUUGUUGUCAAUCGACUUUUAACACCGCGACAAGGCUUGUCGUAUUUCUGCGAAACUGUUCAAAGUCCCGUACCUAGGACUUAGCAUCUAUCCUGUCAACUGAGGUUUUGCACCGUGAUGUACCCCUCGUGUGGUGUGACAGAUGUCUCGUCGUCCGGGUCGCAACGUGGCUUGUCCCUUGUUUGUUCCAAAGAUAGCGAAAUUGCGUCAGUUAUGGGGUAUUUUGAUUGAAAUAUCAAUUCUCGAAAAUUGAACAUGUAGAAACGAUUCAACCUGUCGUUUAUUAAGAUCGAACCCGUCGCGGUCCGGAUCAAAGAUCGAAACGGAUCACGACCUUGUCUGUGCUGGCAACGCAGAAUGUCUGGGUCCUUUGGGGACAGCUGGUGACAACCAAACAAGUUGCAGAUAUCAAUAGCAUGCGCGGCAGAUGACUCUUCCAAUAUCUCUCUGUAUCUCGCGUACAAGGCUAUCCCUUGUUUUGACGAUGCCCAACGACCACUCGAGCCUUCUUCCCCGUCUGUGGUAGGAUAAUGAUGGCGGUACGCCGUCUCUAAGUUACGAUCGCCCUCAAGCGGAGCUGAGAUACCUCGUACGAAACUCGAAUAGGCGACAUCAAACUUUGUUUUCUUUCAAGAGAUCAGCGCUUGUUGGCGAGACUAGUACUGUAGUGCCGUGAGGUAAGUUGUAGACGCGAAGAGAAAUAAUGAUGGGGGUACUAUGAC